AUAUUGAAGAUUUCCGGAAUACAUCGAUUUAACCUUGAACCGUCAUUUACAACAUGUAAAGGAAAAAUCGAAAUUUAUAAGGUAUUAUUCGUCAUAAACUGCCACGCGUCCACAUUCAAGAUACUGAAACAAACAAAUGCCUGCAUAAAGAAGUUAUUAAUUUAGACAAAAAAUGAACUGCUCACAACACCAAGAUGAACAAAUGCGCCUCUUUUGUAAAGAAUGUGAAGAUAUUAUUUGUGUUCAGUGUUUGUUAGAGAACCAUCCACAGCAUAAGGUCAAAGGAUUAUCCGAAUCACAUGACAUUAUUCGGAACAAGGUGAAUUAUUGGUGCUCAGAUAAUAAAUCAGCAACUAAACAUGAUCUUGCUGAAACUAAAAAGCAAUUAGAAGAAGCAAAUGAAAAAAGUGUUCAAGACGAGGCGAAAGUAGAAGAGGGUAUACACACGUGUGAAAUGCAGUGGAAGAACAAGAUUGAGGUAGAGGUUAAGAAUCUAUUGGAGACUUCAAAGGCAGUACUUGAGGAAAGCAGGAAUCAAAUUCAAAGUCUUCUGGAUGAGGUUAAGUUUUGUGAAAAUGAAAUGGAAAAUCCUGCAUCAGAGGAAUCACUUAUAAGGCUAUACUGUAGCUUGAAAAAAUGUUCUAUUAACAAAGAAUAUGACAAGGUUGGGCCGUUGUUACAGCUGAAUGCACCGUCUGGUGACAUAUUAUUAGGUUGCAUUGGAGAAGAUUGUGUUACGAGAAAGACGAAUGAUAUAUCUACACAAACAUACAAUUCUCAUGAGCUUGUAUCAGACGACAACACUACGGCGGAAGUAGAUAAGAAAGAUCUCGUGACAUUGAUUCCUCUUGCAGAUCUGGUAGUUCCGGUCACGAAAAUUAUCCCAGUAAACACAUCUGACGCAUGGCUUAUUUCAGAUAGGAAAUUAUUCCGUCUUGACUUCUCUGGAAUACAGAUGGCAGCUUAUUCUGACGAAGCGGACGACAUUGCUGUUCUGAAUAAUGGAGAUUUGUUAGUCCUUAAUAGAUCAACAAGCUUUAUUAAUCAAAUUGACGCAAGAGGUAAUGUGACGCCUUUCACAAGUACAGAUCCGUACAUGCCGUUAUGUAUGGAUUACGCGAAGUCAGACAACUCUGUUUUCAUAUGGAUGAGUAAUAAGGAUUCAAGACAAAUGACAGUCUUUGAGUCCAACGGAAUAAAAAAGAAGUCAUUCACGCUGGCAAAUAGUAAAAGUGAGAGUUCUUUCAUGUCGGUGCACUCGAGUAACAAUUUUAGCAUAACAUAUGACGUAGAACAAACAACUGGAAUACGGAACUAUGUUUAUUCCUAUAGCCUCGAACCAAAAAAUUCAUAUUCCUUCUCGGGUAAAUCUGGUCAAAGCCCGUACUUACAAUACGUCUGCAAAGGACUUUGCUACGAUAACGACGGCAACAUAUUAGCAAGCGAUAUGCAGUUUAAUACAAUAUAUCAAUUGGAUGGAAAGUUACAGUUUCGAAAAAUUCUCCUUGAUAAAAAUGAUGGUCUUAUUUCACCUGCAGCCAUUGCAUACAGAGAAGGUCAUUUAUGGAUAGCUGAUUCUAAAAGUUUAAGAAUUUAUGACUACCAAGCUCUCAAGUGAUGUACGUGUUUGAUUAGCAGUGUUUGUGUUUAUGAGACAUUAAAUUUAAA